AUGGUCAUCAGCAAUGGUUGUCAGCAUUUGUCACCAGAAAUCAGCAGUGGUUGUCAGGAUUACAGGAAAGCAACUACCGAAGCAACAGAUGAGUAAUUUAAUACAGGGGAAGUAUGAUAAAAACUUAGUAUUAAAUUAUGUAAAAUAAUUCAAAGUAAAUACUUACUUGAAUUCUGAGUCCAUUUGAUUUUCGAAUCUUUUUCGCAUAAACCACCACAAAAACCACAAUAAUACCACAUGUAGGGCUCCAGAGCUCGGAGGACCAGCGGGACUGGGAACGAGGAAAACAAUGGCGGCCUUGAGAAGCAGUUUGCAAAAAGAAGUCUUCGAUCCAAGCGAUGAAAAAUUAUUUGCUUUUACAAAUGUUAGCAGAGCUGGUAAGAAGAGAAAACCAAGCUUUCUUUGUGUUGCAGGUAGGUAAACUAAACACUUGCACAAAAGACAUGAAUUAUGUAAGUAAUUGUAUGAUUCAGGGUUGAAAGGCCUUGAAAGUUGAAACGCCUCUGUCGAUCCUCAAAUAGUCAAAUAUGAUUCACAUAUCAUAUAUGACUUUAUAAUCGGCAGAUAGGCUGACAGCCCUAUAAUUCCACAAAAAACUUGUAUUGCUUUCUUUUUUUGCAUUUUCUCAUUGCUUGUGUAGUUUCAAAUGAGAGACCAGUACAUGUGACAAUAUAUAAAGUGAAAAAAACAGAUAAAGAAAGUUAUAAAAAGAGAACAUCAUGGCUUUUGAAAGAUAUGAAAACAGUUGAUGGAAAAGAUGCUUAUACG